AUGGCGAUCCCGAACUGGGAAGUCACAGGAUUCGUCGAGUACAUAAGCUCAGGACACAAACAAGGAGACAUGCUCCUCGUCGUCCCCGCCGGAAAAUUCGCUGUCAGGCUCGGAAACGAAGCAUCGAUCAAGCAGAGACUUAAAGUUGUGAAAGGAAUGUAUUACUCGCUCACUUUCAGCGCCGCGAGGACUUGCGCUCAGGACGAGCGGCUCAACAUCUCCGUCGCACCUGACUCCGGCGUGAUUCCGGUGCAGACGGUGUACAGUAGCAGCGGGUGGGAUCUAUACGCUUGGGCGUUUCAGGCGGAGAGUGAGGUCGCGGAUAUAGUGAUUCAUAAUCCAGGCGAGGAAGAGGAUCCAGCUUGUGGACCACUCAUUGAUGGUAUUGCCAUGAGAUCUCUUUACCCUCCCCGACCAACCAACAAGAACAUUUUGAAAAACGGAGGAUUUGAAGAAGGUCCACUAGUAUUACCUGGCGCGACCACCGGAGUUUUGAUCCCACCGUUCAUAGAAGACGACCACUUUCCGUUACCAGGUUGGAUGGUGGAGUCUCUCAAAGCCGUCAAAUACGUAGACACGGAACAUUUCUCAGUCCCACAGGGUCGUCGAGCCAUUGAGCUAGUGGCGGGGAAAGAGAGCGCCAUCGCUCAAGUGGCUCGGACCGUCAUUGGGAAGACUUACGUCUUGUCUUUCGCGGUUGGAGAUGCUAACAACGCUUGCAAAGGGUCAAUGGUGGUCGAGGCUUUUGCAGGAAAAGAUACGCUUAAGGUACCUUACGAGUCUCGUGGCACCGGAGGGUUUAAACGGGCGUCGAUCCGGUUUGUGGCGGUUUCGACACGGACUAGAGUUAUGUUUUACAGCACUUUCUAUGCCAUGAGAAGUGAUGAUUUCUCGUCUUUGUGUGGACCUGUGAUCGACGACGUCAAGCUUAUAAGGGUUCGUAAGCGGUAG